CUUCGGUUUCCUUCUUCCUCACGCCCGGCCUAGGCUUCGACUACCUUAUACAUAUUAAUCCUCAAUCAUACACAACGCAGAUUUAUUCCACAAUGGCUGAUAUUAAUGUUGACGUUCUCGUUAUCGGCGCUGGCCCAACUGGUUUGGGUGCUGCCAAGCGCCUCAACCACAUUAACGGCCCUUCGUGGUUGAUCGUUGACGCCAACGACAAGGCCGGUGGUCUCGCCUCUACAGAUGUUACCCCUGAGGGUUUCCUCUAUGAUGUUGGUGGCCACGUCAUCUUCUCUCACUACAAGUACUUUGACGACUGCCUUGACGAGGCUCUUCCCAAGGCGGAUGACUGGUACACACAUCAGCGCAUUUCCUAUGUGCGCUACAAGGGCCUCUGGGUCCCCUACCCUUUCCAGAACAACAUCUCCAUGUUGCCCGACGAGGACAAGGUCAAGUGCGUCGAGGGCAUGAUCGAUGCCGCUCUUGAGCACCGUGUUGCCAACACCAAGCCCAAGGACUUCGAUGAGUGGAUCCUGCGCAACUGUGGCGAGGGUGUUGCCAACAUCUUCAUGAGGCCCUACAACUACAAAGUCUGGGCCGUGCCCACCACCAGGAUGCAAUGCGAGUGGCUCGGCGAGCGUGUCGCCGCCCCCAACGUCAAGCUUGUCACCAGGAAUGUCAUCCUUAACAAGACUGCCGGAAACUGGGGCCCCAACGCUACCUUCCGCUUCCCUGCCCGCGACGGAACCGGUGGUAUCUGGAUCGCCGUCUCCAACACUCUACCCGAGAAGAACAAGCGCUACGGCAAGCACGGAGAGGUCACCAAGGUCGAUGCCGAGAAGAAGAUUGUCACGCUCGGUGACGGCACCACCGUCAAGUAUGGCAAGCUCAUCAACACCAUGGCUGUGGACCACCUUGUUGAGAAGAUGGGCAACCAGGAGCUUGUAUCGCUCUCCAAGGGUCUUUACUACUCCUCCACCCAUGUCAUCGGUGUCGGCAUCCGUGGCGAGCGUCCUGAGCGCAUCGGCGACAAGUGCUGGCUCUACUUCCCCGAGGACAACUGCCCCUUCUACCGCGCCACCAUCUUCUCCAACUACUCCCCUUACAACCAGCCCGAGGCCGGUGCCAAGCUGCCCACCCUCUACAAGGCUGACGGCUCCAAGGCCAGCUCUGAUGAGGCUAAGGAGGGUCCUUACUGGUCCAUCAUGCUCGAGGUUUCGCAGUCUACCGUAAAGCCCGUCGAUGAGGAGAAUCUGCUCAAGGACUGCAUCCAGGGUCUCAUCAACACCGAGAUGAUCAAGCCCGAGGAUGAGAUCGUCUCCACCUACCACCGCAAGUUCGACCACGGCUACCCCACCCCCUCGCUCGAAAGAGAGGGUGUCCUCAAGGAGCUUCUCCCCAAGCUUCAGGAUAUGGACAUCUGGUCCCGUGGUCGUUUCGGCAGCUGGAGGUACGAGGUUGGUAACCAGGACCACUCGUUUAUGUUGGGUGUCGAGGCUGUGGACAACAUUGUCACCGGUGCUGUCGAGCUGACCCUCAACUACCCCGACUUCGUCAACGGACGUCAGAACACUGAGCGCAGGCUCGCCCAGUCAUUUGUCUUUGGCGUCAAGGAGGAUCAGUCGAUCCCCGCGAGGUCGGCGCUUCCUAACUAAGAAAAGGAAAGAUGGAGGAAUCGAAAACUAUAUCUCACUUGGAUGUGGACAAUUGCGAGAUGAAGUAAGGAUAUACGCAGAGCAUGAGAGGGAGGAAAAUCUUGCACUUGCAUAACCAUGAUAAAUUAGCACACGUUACUUGCU